CCCAAUUAUAUAUUUAUAUAUCUGAAAUUUGAUUAGAAUGGCUGAUGCAGUAGUGGACAUCACCAAAGAGGUUAACCCCAAGGACCUAAAAGAAAAGGCUGUGGAGGAGGCAGAGAAGAAAGAAAAUGGGCAUGAAGAUGCCCCAGCGAAUGGAACGGAAGAGAAUGGGGCUGAUCUUGUUGAUGAAAAUGCAGAGGAAGUAGAUGAGGAAGAGGAGGAUGAUGAAGAUGCUGAGGGUGAAGGUGAAGAGGCUGGUGAUGAGGAAGAAGGUGCUGAGGAGGAAGGUGAUGAAACAGAAGGCAAUGCGGUGAAGCGUCCAGCAGAAGAGCAGGAUGAAGUUGAAAGCAAGAGGCAAAAGUCAGAAAAUAGAGAGUCAACAAAACCCAAAACAGAAGCUUAAACAUUCCUUUGUUUAAAUUUUUAUAUCUUGAUAUUAUGGUCAAGUUCAAACUGUAGAGAGUGUGCUUUUUUAUGUGCAUUUGCAGAGUGGGUUUCUAUAUUGUAUUGUACAACUGGUUCUUGAAACACCUGUCCAAGGCAUUGCUCUGGGGAAUAUUUGCUUUUUAUGAAGUUAUUUAUUAAUGGUCUUUGUACAACCAUGUUUGUAAUGGGUUUGAAUGCUGUAAUAAGUUUUAGGUCUGUUUCAAAAUGGGUUUAGAACUUGAAUUUGCACAUUUCAGAAGCACACACUUUACUGUUUACUGACCAUUUUCUUAUUUCAAGAAAAGAAAAUAAUUACUGCCCUUUGUUGUUUUUGUAAAUUGUGCUUAGGGUAGGGGUUCAUAUGCAAUGAAGACCAAAGAUAUCGGUCUUGCUAACUUGGGUA